UAAUAUACGAACAUAUCGUGUCUUGAUUUCCAGAUAGUAUGUUAUUAUUAGUGACUAAAUAGUGAAUACCGAUGCGGAUUCCUUUGUCUUGAUUCUAAAAGCUUUGAAACACUGCCAUUCGCUGCAACUCUCAUCAUUUUCUCUGUAAUUUUCAAACUCUCUCCGAAAGCAAGCCGAGUGACUUCAGAGUUCAGUGCAAUGUGGCGGAGGAGCUUCGGUACCGGCAGCUACGCGAGCGCUGUGCACGCGCUAAAGGAGAAGAAGUGGGACGCGCUUGUGAUCGGUGGAGGCCAUAACGGUUUGACAGCAGCGGCUUACUUAGCUCGUGGCGGUCUCUCUGUUGCCGUGCUCGAGCGACGGCACGUCAUCGGUGGAGCGGCGGUGACAGAAGAACUGAUCCCCGGCUUCAAGUUCUCCCGAUGCAGUUACCUCCAGAGCCUCCUCCGUCCCUCCGUUAUCAGUGAACUAGAUUUAGCGAGACAUGGAUUGAAGUUGUUGAAGAGGAACCCAUCAUCGUUUACGCCUUGUUUGGAUGGAAGAUAUCUUUUGUUAGGGCCUAAUAAAGAGCUUAAUCAUUCUGAGAUCUCCAAAUUCUCCAAGCGAGAUGCCGAUGCUUUUCAUAGAUACGAGAAUCAAUUAGAGAGGUUCUGUAAACUCAUGGCCACUUUGGAUUCAUCACCUCCUGAAUCUUCGCAAGGUAUUUCAUCUCUCCAAGAUCUUUUCAAGAAUAAAGUACACAACUCAGUAUUUUGGACUCGUUUGCUGCACCAGGCUGCUUCCUUGGGGCAGAAAGACAUGGUGGAUUUUAUGGAUCUUUUAUUGUCCUCAGCUUCCAAGGUUUUGAAUAACUGGUUUGAGACAGAUGUUCUGAAGGCAACCCUUGCAACAGAUGCUGUUAUUGGCAGUACGGGUAGUGUCUCCACACCAGGGGGCGGAUAUGUACUGCUACAUCAUGUGAUGGGAGAAACUGACGGUGAUCGUGGAAUUUGGACGUAUAUAUGUGAAGGUGGAAUGGGGUCAGUAUCCAUGGCUAUCAGCAAUGCUGCCAGGGAAGCCGGUGCUCAUAUUGUCACAAGUGCAGAGGUUUCACAGCUGAUAGUUGAUGACUCGGGCAAAGUGAAUGGGGUGUGGCUGGCUGAUGGUACAGUGGUUCAGUCUUCAAGCAUUUUAUCAAAUGCAACCCCUUAUAAACAUUCAUGGUAAAAUUUUACCGAAUUGGUGCCGCAAAAUGUUCUUCCUGAAGAUUUUACCCGUGCCAUUAAGUAUUCCGACUACAGCUCUGCAACUACCAAAAUCAAUCUAGCUCUUGAUAAAUUGCCUGAGUUCCGUUGUUGCAAGUCGAUAUAUCCUGGUUCAGGUCCUCAGCACACUGGCACCAUUCAUGUUGGUUCUGAGAGCAUGGAGGAGAUUGAUUUAGCUUGUAAAGAUGCUGCCAAUGGAUUGCCAUCAAGAAGGCCGGUCAUUGAAAUGACAAUUCCAUCCGUAUUGGACAAGACGAUUUCUCCACCUGGCACGCAUGUCAUUAACUUGUUCAUCCAGUACACCCCUUAUAAUCCGUCUGAUGGCAGAUGGGAUGAUCCUGCUUACAGAGAAUCAUUUGCACAAAGAUGUUUCAACCUGAUCGAUGAAUACGCUCCGGGGUUCAGCUCAUCGGUCAUUGGCUAUGACAUGCUAACUCCUCCUGACCUUGAAAGGGAAAUUGGCUUGACAGGAGGAAAUAUCUUUCAUGGAGCUAUGGGAUUAGAUUCUCUUUUCCUCAUGCGACCUGUUAAAGGAUGGUCGAAUUACAGGACUCCAUUGGCCGGCCUUUACUUGUGCGGGAGUGGCGCCCAUCCAGGUGGUGGUGUGAUGGGCGCACCAGGCCGCAAUGCAGCAAAGCUAGUUCUUGAAGAUUUCAAGAAAAAAUUGAAUUGAUUUUCAGGAAAAAAAAGAGUCAAAUCCAGGACUGCUUUUGUGAAAUAAAUUCUUUGCUCAAAUACAGAGCAGAUGCUGCCCGUUACCUGGUCAGUUAUUUGGACUUAAAUUUAUUCCUUCACGUCAACUGUUGUCUU